AAGUGGAAAAAGAUAAAGAUAUUGAGAUAAGACCAGGCCAAACUUAUCAUAUAUAAAAGAUUAGUUUGUAAACAAAGUAUACAGUGAAGGCCUGUGUUUGCUUGAAGCAAUAGAUUGGAGGAGGAAAUGGGUUCACUAAUGGCAGGAUGGAAAUCAAAGUCAGAUAUAUACAAGAGGAAUCAUUCACUCACAAAAGAGGAGAUUGAAGCCUUCUGGAGAUCAAAUAAGAAACCAUACGAGAAACAACAUAUCAUCGAUGGUGAUACCAUCAUCUGUGAGGGAAAGGCCGCUACCGAUAGUAAGUCCGGCAAAAAAUUUGAAAAAUCAAGCUCUAUGCCUCUGGCUAGAAGCAAACUUGAGCAGGAUCAGAAAUACUUCAUGCACGGCGAGACUGAAACCAUGGCCAGCACCACUGACAAACUCGUAGAUAACAACGGCUGGUGGACUAGGAGCAACUGGGCAUUUCUGAAUGAACCGCCUCCAUCUGAAGGCGCUCCUAAAACUGGUUACGCAUCACAGUUUCACGUAGCCAGCUCCUCCGAUCCGGCAGGGUCGACGGAAUUAGCUCUUAAUUCAUCAGUCCUUCUCCAUAUAUAGCCUCAUCCCCAAAACCGUGGGUUAGUUCGUAUGAUCAAGAUAAUGAACUGUAUAAACGUACUAUACGUAGUAGUGAUGAACUGAUGAUCGACAUUGUAUGUAUAUAUAGUAUGGUACGUAGUGAAUACUAAAUAGUAAUGUAUGUAUAAGAAAUAGUAGGUACGAGCUGUGUCUGAUUUAGUGCUUCACCACGAACUUCUUUCUUGAUUUCUAGGUUUUGUUGGGACUAAUCAUCAGCUACUCUGCAUAUGAGGGUUGUGUUAAUUAAGUGCUCUGUCCUUUCUUCUUCA